AAAAUCAAAUUUAUUUUCAACCCAAAACCUCCAUUAUUAAACCCUUCUCAGCGCAUUCCCCCUCCAAAAUUUUCUCAAUUUGAACACUAUCUAAACUCUUUCAAGUCCCUAGACAACGACGUUUCAAUCGACACAUUCAACGACAUUGUUCAGAAAGAUUCACUCCUUCUAACCAAGAUCAAACAUGGUCUUACAAACAAUAUUCUAAAACUAAACGACAGCAAAGAAAUCAUCAAAAUUCCAAAGGAAAAACCCUACCAAGACCCUAUAAAGUACUCACAAAUUGUUCACAGCGAUCACCUCCUUGCUCAUGCAAUCAAACUAUCCAAAAUCCAUAACGACUUGCGUAAAAAUCACAUCUUGAAAUGCAAAAAAAUAGCCUCAAUGAUACAAAUUCACUUCAAUAGAUUGAAAAAACUCAAGAAAAAUGAAUACCAACAAGAACUAAAAAGAAGACAAACGUUGGCAAAAUUUGUCAUGAGAUUAGUUAAAUCAUACUGGAAAAAGGCUGAAAAGGCUCAUCAAAUCCAACUCAAUGCUAAGCAAAAAGAAAUCCAAAUGGAAAAGAGCAACAUUAAUAUGACAAAAAUGGUUCUCGAGUCUCACAAAAAAAAACACAUUCCUACAAAAACUCUUACUAUAAUUGAUUCAAAUAAUAACACACUCAAAUUGCUCAACAACAAAUUUCCUAAUCAGAAUCAAAAUGACAACUACACUGAUGAUGAUGAUGAUGAUGAUGACAAUUUUGAUCAAAAUAACAACUUGCAAUCUCUAUAUAGCGAACAGGAUUUGCUACCCUCAUCUCCAUUUCCCGAUACUUAUCUAAACACAAACAAACUUCAUUACUCAGAGGAACAACGCAAACUAAUUGAAGAAACAGAUAAACAACCAUAUGAUUCGCUUCUUGAUAGUGAUGAUGAAUCCUUGUCUGAAGAAUCCUUAUCCGAAUCUGAUCAUCUAUCUGCUUCUUCUCAACCUGAGUCGGAUGGAUAUAACCUUUUCAAUUUACUACAAUCAGAUCCAAGUGAUACUAACGAUAGCUCAAACGAAACUAUUUCAGAAAAUAAACAAAUAGUUAAAAACAAUAACCUCACUACUCUAACUCAUACUGAUAAUCAAAACAAUUCAAAAAUUAAUAAUAAAAUCAAUGAAAAAAUCAAUGAAGACUCACAGCCCUCAAUUCCUGAUGUUCCAACUCCCAUGUUGUUGAAGGGCACACUCAGAGAAUAUCAAAAACAAGGUUUGAAUUGGUUGGCCAGCCUAUACAAUACAAACACUAAUGGAAUCUUAGCGGAUGAAAUGGGUUUAGGGAAAACUAUUCAAACUAUUUCUUUAAUAUGCUACUUGGCCUGUGAAAAACAUAUUUGGGGUCCCCAUUUAAUCAUUGUGCCUACAUCUGUUAUGCUUAAUUGGGAAAUGGAAUUUAAAAGAUUUGCUCCUGGUUUUAAAGUACUAACUUAUUAUGGAAAUCCUCAGCAAAGAAAAGAUAAAAGAAAAGGUUGGAACAAGCUCAAUGCCUUUCAUGUUUGUAUCACUUCCUAUCAAUUAGUUUUACACGAUCAUCAGUCAUUUAGAAGAAAAAAAUGGCGUUACAUGAUUCUAGACGAAGCUCAUAAUAUUAAAAACUUCAAGAGUCAACGAUGGACAUCCUUAUUAAAUUUCAAUACAGAUCAUCGUUUACUUUUGACCGGCACUCCCUUGCAAAAUAAUAUCGGCGAAUUGUGGUCAUUAUUAUACUUUUUAAUGCCUUCAUCAAAAGGGAAUCUAUCAAUGCCUGAAGGCUUUGCCAAUCUUCAAGAUUUUCAACAGUGGUUUGGAAAACCCGUUAAUAGACUCAUUGAAUCCGAAAAUGAUUCAUCCACAAAAGAAAUUGUAAAUAAAUUACAUCAGAUUUUAAGACCUUAUUUAUUAAGAAGACUAAAAGCAGACGUUGAAAAACAAAUGCCUGCCAAGUAUGAACAUGUUGUUUAUUGUCGAUUGUCAAAAAGACAGAGGUUCCUUUAUGAUGAUUUUAUGUCUAGAGCGAAAACAAAGGAAACACUAUCUUCUGGUAACUUUUUAUCUAUUAUAAAUUGUUUGAUGCAAUUAAGAAAAGUCUGUAAUCAUCCUGAUUUAUUUGAGGUUCGACCUGUGAUAACCUCAUUUGCAAUAGACAAAUCAGUGGUUUCUGAUUUUGAAAGUGAUGAAUAUUUUAUUAGAAAAAAUUUAACUAAAAGCCAAGAUAGAUUUCGAUUAAAUUUAUCUUCUAUGAAUUUUGUGUUUACAGAGAAUGAGGAUUUCAAUACAUUUAGUUGUGAGUCAAAGAAAAGAUUGAAUGCAAGCAAGUUUUUGAAAGAAGAAUGCGAUAAUUUAAAUAAAUUAUUAAUAGAGCCUGUGAAGCCCAAUUAUAAUAAUAUACAAAAAUAUUACAAGUAUCAAAAAUAUGUUGAAAACCAAUCAAUGCUAGAUCAUAUGAAACAGCUACUUUAUACUAAUGAAUUUAGGUGUAAUAGAAAACCAGUGUUUGGAAAAAAUCUAAUAAAUUUAUUGACAAUCAACAGAAAAAAACAGUAUGAAAUUAUUCAAAGCGAAUUUUUAUUGUCUGAAUGUUACAAAGAGCUGGUUAAAACAAUAAGAAAAAGAACAGAAUUAUUGAAAGACAUUAUUGACAAUUUUUGUUUUGUGACUCCACCUGUUGUUGCUUUAGACAUACCUUCCAGGAUUAUUCCUUCUCCUAUAAGAGAACAUGUAAUUUCAUUGAAAAUGACCAAUCCAUAUCAUUCAAUACAGACAAAUUUAUCGAUUGGGUUUCCUCAUAAAAGUUUGCUUCAAUAUGAUUGUGGCAAGUUGCAAAAAUUGGCGGGUUUAUUACAAGAAUUAAAAGACAAUGGACAUAGGGCAUUGAUUUUUACUCAAAUGACCAAAGUGUUGGAUAUAUUGGAAAAAUUUUUAAACAGUUUUGGAUAUCUUUAUAUGAGAUUAGAUGGAGCUACUAAAAUUGAAGAUCGUCAGUUAUUGACGGAACGAUUCAAUAAUGAUCCAAGAAUCACAGUUUUCAUUUUGUCUACUAGAUCUGGAGGAUUGGGUAUUAAUUUAACAGGUGCAGAUACAGUUAUAUUUUACGAUUCUGAUUGGAAUCCUGCUAUGGACAAACAAUGUCAAGAUAGAUGUCAUAGAAUCGGGCAGACAAGAGAUGUUCACAUUUACAGGUUAGUAAGCGAGUUUACUAUUGAGGAGAACAUUAUCAGGAAAUCUAAUUUCAAACAAAAAUUGGAUAACGUUGUGAUUCAAAAAGGUGAUUUUACUACGGAUUAUUUUAACAAGUUGACUAUAUCUGAGUUGAUUGGGACGGCCAAUGGGUUGAAAAAUGUUGAUAAUAUAGAAGAGAUUGAUCAAAAGAAUCUUAUUGCUUCAUUAGCGAUGGCAGAAGACGCAGAAGACGCCAAUGCAGCACAAGAAGCAAUUAAGGAAAACGAGAUGGAUUCGCAUGAUUUUGAUGAUUUUGGAUCAAGAUCGACAACACCCGUAGCCUCAUCAAAUCCCCAGACUCCACAAUAUGAGAGCGAUGAUUUUGGACAUAUUGAUAAUUAUAUGUUAAAAUUUAUUGAAGAAGGAUACUAUUAC